CCCUGGUUUAUGCAAGCUCUGAUUUAGAAGCUUCCACACAUGAGGGGUACAGUAUUUACUUCUGUUAAAAUGCAGUAUUUGCACUGCAUCGCACACGGGCCUACAGUAUCUCACAUGGUUGGGUUGAAGUUCCGAGUCACGAGAGCCGCGCUGCCACCUAAAUAAAUCCUGGUCCAGUCACACAGACCAACUCGGUGGUUUUUGCAGGGAGCCCACAGACCCACAUCAAUUACUGUACUCUUGUACACUGGCUUCCACUGGAAGGCUCUGCUUAUACAGCUGACAGUUUGGAAUUUCAGAUCUUUUUUUGUAAGAACCACAUGAGAAUGUCUCAAUAUGUAUUCAAUCAUAAUCAAAAGCUCAUCAUGCGGACACUGAGCGGUUACACUUUUUGGCCGAGUGUGUCAUUCCGGAAAGCAACUGAGGUUUACGUGACUUCGGAGCUAAAUGUGAUUGAAAAUCUAUUUGAAGGUUGAAUUAUUUCAUAUUUGAAUAUACUGUAGGUAGUAUCCAAUGUAUAUCUUCUUUCUUAAAACAUAUUUGCAUCAGGGCCGCAUAGUGACCGAGUGGACGUGGGGUUGCUCCGGACACUUCUUCCCACAUCCUAAAAAAAUUAAAUUUUUAAAAAUUUUAAAAUUUUUGACUGGUGACCAGUUCAGGGUUUACCCAACGUCUUGCCCAAAGUCAGCUGGGGUAGACUCCAGCUGAAAAUAGAAAAUAUAAUUAAAUGAAUCAAUACAACACCAUAAUCAUUAAAUUGUUCAAAUACUGUGAAAAAAAACAUACCUGUGGAUGUAAUAAACAUCGCAGCCUUUUCCAUGAGAUUUCAGGCGUCACAUGACAAAGCCUCAAGGGCUACAUCCUCUCAGGUUGUCAUGGGAACAGCGUAUCCCUGGGAUGCACCUCUGAUUAGCUGGGGCGCGGCUGAAAACAAACCCAGCCCUUCUUCCAAACUGUUAGAUAAUAUCAAAGACGGAAUCUGCACGCAAGAAAUUCUAAUAUAUUUGAAUAAAUAAUAAGAGUGCAACAUAUUCCUACCGGACAGGUAAAUAUUAAUAAUAAUAAAAUGUUGAAUAAAAUUCAAUGUAGUGGCUAAUAUAUGCACAUAUUACUAGAUUUCAAUACGUUUGGUGGCUGUUCUUGAUCAACAAAUGUCACAAGUUAUGUGUUUCAUUUCUGAGCUCACCUGCAGGAGGCGCUGUGUCCCGCAUCCAGCAGCAGCAAGGAGAGAUAUCCCUUUUUUUUUCUUUUCUCCUUCAGUGGCAUGAAUAACUGGAGAGAGAGCACAUCAAGAGCGGGGAAGUGGGGAGCGAGAGCGAGUGAGCGAGAGAUAGCAGCCAGAGUGACGGAUGAGAGAGCGUGGCACAACUUGUCUCUCAUGACUGCACCGUGGGUUGGUGGGGGGAAACCAGAGAGCAAGUGCACCAGAGUUUGAGGCAAAGCUUGCUGCCCGCACGCACACAAACACACACUCUCACACACAAAGCAGACACAUCAGCCUGGCUGCAGCACAACAAGUUCAGAGCCAAGACUGACCUUUCGGGAAGGUAUGUGCAGAAGUUUCCUCUGAGGAUCUCCUCCAGUGUUAUGGCUCCAUGAGAACCGAGUCACCUUGUCCUGUAGAGGAGCCGUUUCCCCUCUAGAAGUACUUGAAGCCUCAAAGGAGGAUGGAGAAGCUGUCAGGGAAGGACAAGGAGCUGAUACGGAGCAGCUGGGAGAGCCUGGGCAAGAACAAAGUUCCACAUGGCAUCAUCAUGUUUUCCAGGUUGUUUGAGCUGGAUCCAGCACUCCUCACUCUUUUCCACUACAAUACAAAUUGUGGCACCACACAGGACUGCCUCUCCAGUCCAGAGUUCCUGGAGCAUGUCACCAAGGUCAUGCUCGUGAUCGAUGCCGCCGUCAGUCACCUGGACGAUCUUCACUCUCUGGAAGACUUUCUUCUCAACCUGGGGAGGAAGCAUCAAGCCGUGGGGGUCAACCCACAGUCGUUUGCUGUGGUGGGGGAGUCUCUCCUCUACAUGCUACAGCGUAAUUUGGGCCAAGCCUACACGGCGUCCCUGAGCCAAGCAUGGCUCAACAUGUACGGCAUCGUGGUGGCCGCCAUGAGUCGGGGGUGGGCCAAGAACGGCGAGGACAAGGCCGACUGAGUUUGCUGAGCUGUCGCUGUCGUCUCACUCAUCGUGGUUGCCAUGGAACAAGGUUGUGUAACUUUGUGGCUUUUUCCGCUGCUGUACAUUUGCUGUACGUUAGUGGGGUUGCAUAGCAAAGGCGAAUGUACGGUGUGGUCACACUUCACCAAUGGCAGCGUUUUUUUCGUUUUUUUUUUUCUCUUUGCUGUGGAUGUUUAGCUAGCAGGGUCAACUCUAGCCUCGUUUGGACCUGAGCAAAACAAAAAGCAUCAAAGUUAACUUGUACAUAAGGCCUUUUCUUAUACUUUCUUCUGACCUUUUGUGAUAUUUUUUGAUGUGUUUUAAAAGCGUCGCACAAACACUCAAUAUUGAAUUUAGGCCUCACACGCUUCUCAAAGUGAGACGGGUUUGUGUGGCCCAAACGGGCAGCUCUGAGUCAAACUGUGACAAACAAAACAAUGUUUUAGGGACAAAGCAAUGUGUUUCUCUGUGUGAGGAAGAUUGAAUCACUUUACUCAUUACGGUGUUUCGUGUAUGUUAACAAACUCUAAAUGUGUUUUAAUGACAACAUGUUUCCAAUAGUCCCACGCUCACAAUAGCUACUGACAAGAACUGUUAUACACCGAUAGCUUUCUACAGCAAUCUCUGACUGUUAUGGCGCCCUCGUGCACCUUUUUUUUUUUUGUGACUCUCCUCUCAGUGGAGGUUGUGAUCUCAAUAGUCUUCAUCUGACUGUUAUAAAAACACGACUGUUAUAUAGGUGAAUGGCAUAGUGGAGUACUUACAUGUACUUUUACACUCAUAUUUGGUGUUACACUGUAGUCAUUUAGCUCAGUAAUGCUAUUGUUGCCACAAAUGUAAGAUUAGAGAGUCGAACACUUGUACAUGAACAACAGGAGGCAAACAUUUGUUUGGGAUUUUAACACCGACACCUCCUCCUAUACUGCUAUGGGAGACUCUUUCAUGUACAUGUAUGUAUUAUUACGAUUAUGAUUACGUUUCUUUCCAAUGCCACGUAUUUGAACAACAGUGUGCCAAGUACAGGUCUUUGAUUAUUACCAUACAACUGUAAAUCCAAGUUGCUGAUAUGUGGUUAUUAACGCUUUAUCCUAAGUUUACAUUUAAAUAAUUUAUUUUUAUAUUCUGAAAUAUAAAUAUAUAUAUAUAUGGUAACAUUAGGAGAAGUGUUUUACAGUACAUCCGCUUGAUUUACAAGAAGUUGUCAAUGUGCAAGGAAGAAUAGAAACACCUGAACAAUCUAAUAAUAUCCAAGAGCUGUAUUAAACAUGUCUUUACAAAGAUAAUUUUGGAUUGAUAUUAAUAUAACAAUAUCGUCAUUAUUGUGGUUCCAAUUUGCAGUGGCGUAGAGCUGCAUUGCACCGUACACGGAGGUGUCCAUUAUACCGUAUGUCGCCACUGUAAUGUAGCUAAAUAAGACACCUCUCAGUAUGAUGCAUUACAGUUGGACACCAAUGGAGACGAAAGCCAUAAUAAUAAACGACUAUUUAUUUUUAUGAAGGCAGAAACCCGGGAGUGUAUUCAAUCCCUGCAUUAUCAGUGUUUUUUUCCAGGUGUAACCGUUUAUUCGACUGGCUGUGUAGGUGGCGUAUUUAUAGUGUUUCAUUUCACAGCAUUGGUAUACUUCCCUAUGCAGGUUGUUUCCUUUUUUCGUUUUUU